AUGCCUCUGCAAUCCCGACUUGACCGUCUCGCUCAUCGUCUCUCAUCGCAUAAACGAUCCAAGACGCCCUCCCUCCGCCCGGCAGAACAGAAUCUCCGCUCCCCGCCCGCGCCUUCCUCUUCUGUCGCGGCUGCCAGUCCAUCUUCAACCUCCUCCAACGUCAGCAAAUCGACCAGCUCUGCCACCAGCUUGCAGCUCGCCGGUCUCUGGAAAGAGGCGUACGAAAAGCUUCGAUCGGAAGACGAGAAGCUCAUCCACGAGUACGAAAAUGCCCUUGUACAGAGAUGGCAGCCAGCGGGGGGAGAUGAGGGACAGAACAAGAGGGAGGGAGGGAACGACGGGACAGGGUCUACGGAUCGGAACCUCCAGGCGAUAGUCGAACAGCGGCUGCAGGAGAUCUCUUCCUCGCAGCUCACUCUCACUGUGGCGGGAAAGGAGAUCGUGGUCAAGGAUCAGCUCCGUCGUGUUGUCAGGGGCAUUCUUGCCGUCAAGGACUCCGUCUCGGUGGCCGUGGGUGCUGACCCACACGCAGCGUUGGCAUGGGCUGGUGUGCUGCUGCUCUUGACGCCGGUCGUCAGGGCUGCUACACAAGACGGAGACGCUGCCGACGCCUUUGAAACCAUGUCUAGUCUCCUGGUUCGGUAUCGGGUGAUCGAAGAGGACGGCCGGAUUCAAGCAGCGCCAACAGCAUUGUCGCGUCAGGCAACGGCAAUGGACACUCUUGCGACGCACAUCCGCAGCCAGAUUGUUCACCUCUACGCGGCUGUUCUUCGUUUCCAGAUGCGUCUGUUGAAACAUUUCUCGCGCUCGGGCUUCGUCAGGCUCUGGGAAGACGUGACGGUGACGGACGAUUGGAAGGAGAUACUCGAAACCAUCAAGGAUCUCGACAAGUCGAUCGCCAUGGAUCUCAGAGUCUUCAAUGACCACGUUCUUCCCAGCGUCAAGGUCAAACUGGACGGGCUCCAGGAGGGGCUGAACAAGUCGUUGACUUUGAUGGUCGAGGCAAGAGAUGAAGCAAAGUCCGCGAAACAGGCACAGCUACUUGGUAGCUUGUCGCCUGCUCCCAAUGCAGCGUUCAAUUCGUUUGACGAUCAACACAAAUCGGCUUGUUUGGCAGGCACGCAGGUCGAGCUUCUUCAGCAUAUCCAUGCCUGGUGUGACUCGCCGGGUGGAAAAUGUAUCUACUGGCUCAAAGGAAUGGCCGGUACCGGCAAAUCAACCAUCUCUCGCACUCUGGCCGCUGCCUGUCACGACAGACUGUCCCUAGUCGCAGGCGAGACCGUCCCCGAUCACGUCCGCCUGGGAGCCAGCUUCUUCUUCGAGCAGAGAAAGGCUGAGCAGAACAAUGCCCGCAAGCUCUUCACCACCAUCUGCAGGCAGCUCGCCGACUCGCUUCCAGAUCUCAGGGAUGAUAUCUGUCAAGCAAUUUCGGACCAUCAAAACAUCGCCAACGAAGCAAUGAGCAAUCAGUGGAAGCACCUCAUCCUUCAACCCCUACUGGCCCUGGAGAAACGCACUAUGGUACCCUUGACUCUUGUCGUUGUGAUUGACGCGCUUGACGAAUGCGAAUCUAGCCGCGACAUUUCUACUCUCCUACGUCUUGUCGCAGAGGCCGAAAGGCUCACCACCACCCUCCUCCGUUUGAAGCUCUUCAUCACCAGUCGACCCGAGUCCCAUAUUCGCACUUCUUUCUUGAAUCUUCCCGACACCGCAGUCGGCGAACGGGAACUACAAAAGGUGCAGGUGCACGCGAACGGUGUCAAAGACGACAUCACACUCUUCUUGGAGCACGAACUCUCCCAGAUCGGGCGCAGGUAUGUCCUUUCCGACGCCUGGCCCGGAGAGGAGAAGACCAAGCGGUUGGCGCUCAAGAGCGAUGGUCUAUUCAUCUACGCAGCCACUGUUUGUCGUUUUCUGGGCGAGCAGCGAUCACUCACCAAGGCUCGCCUGCAGAGCAGGAUGGAGAUGAUCUUCGACGACCGCGUGUCAAAGGGUUUGCCUCAACAGAGUUUGGAUACCAUCUACAGAAACAUAUUGCAGCAUUCCCUGUUCGAUGAAGCCGUCCUGGAUGAUGAAAAAGAGGAUACAUACGAUAUGUUUCGGUGUGUCGUUGGUGCGAUUGUCAUUUUGUUGGAGCCUUUGUCCGUCACAGCUCUCGCCAACCUGUUGCCCUAUCCGGAGCGAGAUCAAAUCGACGAAACCCUUGAUGGAUUGUAUUCGCUUUUGUCCAAGGGAGAAGAACAGGCCAAUAAUGAAGAAACAUCCACCGUCCAGCUCCUGCAUUUAUCAUUCCGCGACUUUCUGCUUGAUGAGCAGCGAUGUGGACAGGAGUUCUGGAUAGACCAGCAGAAGGUCCAUCGGGAGUUGUUGGAAUAUUGCAUGCAGGCCAUGUGCGAAUCCCUGAAAAGAGAUGUCUGUGAACUUUCCGACCACUCCGUCCUUACGCUCGAUGUCCCGCUUGCUCGUGUCAAUUGUCAUCUUCCUCCGCACGUCCAAUACGCCUGUCAAUACUGGGUUGAACAUCUUCGCAAUGCCAAAAUUCAGCCCCUCGAUGACCACGGCAACAGUACCAGCGGUAGUAGCAUCCAUGCCUUCCUGACCAAGCAUCUUUUGCACUGGCUGGAGGCAAUGAUUCUUACCAGAAAGAUGACUGAAGCCGUUCAAGCUCUGCUGGACCUGUUGGAAUAUAUAUUCAGCCUCCCGUCGGAAGGAAGAAUAGAACUGCGGAAAUUCGUCCAUGGUGCACGUCGGUUUGUACUUCAUUUCAGGCCGACCAUCGAAAGAGCGCCUCUUCAAUUGUAUGUCUCCGCUUUGAUCUACUGCCCCGAGCUCAGCGUGGUACGGGCGCAAUUCCAAGAUGAGAUUCCCAAAACCUUUGUCGGGCUGCCCGAAGUCGAAAAGGACUGGAGCCCCUUGCUCCAGACAUUUGAAGCCCAUCGGUCGAGUUUUUCUGGAGAAGUAUGCUUGUCGCCGGACGGGAAACUGGUUGUGUGUGCUUCUUCCCUGCGCCUUUGGGACACAGCGACUGGGGCCCUGCUCAAGACAUAUGAACCAGGGGGCGGACCCGACGCGAUAGCCACUUUUUCGGCCAAUGGAGAGCGACUCAUGUCCUUGUGCGACGAUGGGUAUGUUAGAGUAUGGGACGUGUCUCCCGGGCUCCUGGUACACGAGACACCCGGGGGCCACUCCGCUGCCGUGACCAGGGUGGCAUUCUCUCCGGAUGGUACCAGGCUGGCGUCUUUAUCCGAGGACAACACGAUUUGCCUUUGGGACCCACGCACAGGAACUUUGGCCAAAGAGUUUCACGGCAGCAGCUUCAAGGACGUCAUCUUUUCUUCCGACAGCAGGCUGCUGAUAUACGGCGAGGAAGACAGGCGGAAUGCUGCCCAAUGGCUCGACAUCUGGGACCUCAUGUCUGACAAGCUCCUACACCGAAUCCCCAACUUUCAUUGCGUCGUCCUGAAAUUAUCGCCGGAUGGCUCGCUGCUUACAUCUGUGGGAGAACAUGGAGGCUAUGAGAACGUUGUUGAAAUCUGGGACAUGGAUUCAGGAACACUGAGGCAAUCUGUGCAAUUACCAAAUGAUGAGUAUGAUCCUCUCGCUGUCUCUCCUGAUUCGGAACUCCUGCUCAUAGAACGCGAAUCAACUCUUGAACUCUGGGACUUGGCCACUCUCGACACGAUUGGGAAGCGGUCGCUUCAGCUUGAGGGCCACAGAUUAUCUUUUUCAGCGGACGGUCGAAGAAUUGUCACGAACUAUGGUCGAUUGGAUAUCCGAUCAUUCUACCCUGAUUGGAAUGGAUCAGACAGCCGAGACUUGUUUGUGGACGGUGACUGGGUGAUUUCAGGCACUAAAAGAGUCCUCCUGCUUCCCCAUGACUAUCGCCCGACUGUUGCCGUCGCUGUCGAUGAUACACUUAUCAUAGGGCAUAGGUCAGGCUUUGUGACAUUUCUCAAACUCGCGUCAGUCGAGUCACAGCAUGAUAUACCCUGA